CGCGAGGGAGCGGAAAUGACCGCAGCACGCCGGAAGUUUACUCAUUUCCAAGGCGACGGCUCCACCAUCGCUGCAACGGCUGGAGUCGGGACGCUGGAAAGCGACUUAGAGGAGAGGGUACUCGCCGACGGCGGCCGCCGCCACAGUGAAUCGCGGGGAGUAGCAACCGAAGACGGCGGCCGCCGCACCAGCCAUCGCGUGUGGAGGAUAAACGGCCUGCACGGCCAUCGCGGCGACCAAUCCAGGGAAAGAGUUAGCGAAGGCCAGGGCUUUAGUCGUAGCGAAGACAGGGAAGGAAUCCGUGAAGGCAGCGACCACCGCUGCAGGGUACCGACGGGAAGAGCAAGUGAAGACGUCCGCUUCUCCCGCAAUGACUCAAGAAGGGUCAGUGAAGACCUGGGCCACCGUCGCAGUGUCUCUCAGGAGAGAGUCAGGGGAGACCGUGGCCACCGUCCCAGCAACUCUUGGGAGAGAGUAAGCGGAGACCGCAGCAGCGACGUGAGUUUAAGUGAAGUCGGAAGCCACCCCACUAGUGACUCCGGGGGAACGGUCAGAGAAGACCGCGGCCUCCAUCUCAGUGGGACUUGGGAGGGAGUCAGGGAGCUCCGGGGUCCCCGAACCAGCGACUCUGGGGAGAGAGGCAGUGACGACCACAGCCGCCGCCUCAGUGGCUCUUGGGAGGGCGGAAGUGUGGAUGGCGGCCGCAGCCUCAGCAGUUCCUGGGAGGAGGGGGUGAGUGAAGACCGCGGCUACGUGGCCAGCGACUCCUCCGUCGUGAGCGUCAGCGAAGACGCCAGCCGCCGCCGCUUCUGGGAGAGAGAAAGCGAAGACGAAGGUUCCCGCUGCCGGGGCUCCUGGGAGAGAACGACGGAGGACGGCGUCCCCGGGCCUAGCGACGACGAGGAAGACAGCCGCUGCUGCACUGGCUCGUGGGUGACAGCGAGCGAAGACCGCCGCAGCAGCAGGGGCCUAGACUCGACUCCUCCCCGGAGUCCGAGGGGUCGCACCAUGCCCGGGGUGUCCGGUUCAGGCCCCUUCACCUUCUGCACGGAGACUGCGACCCCGUUGGGUGCCAGGAAGAAAGUGCAUUUUGGUAGCAUACAUGAUGCAGUACGCGCUGGAGAUGUAAAGCAGCUUUCAAAAAUAGUAGAACGUGGUACCAGCAUUAAUGAAGUUGACGUUCUCCAUAAACUUACCCCUUUACAUUGGGCAGCACAUUCUGGCAGUUUGGAGUGUCUUCAUUGGCUCCUCUGGCAUGGAGCUGAUCUCUCACGAGCAACCAUGAGAGGUUGGACAGCAGCUCACAUAGCUGCCAUCAGGGGACAGGAUGCUUGCAUGCAGACUCUUAUAAUUAAUGGAGCUAAUCUGGCAGCUCAAGAUGAUCGUGGAUGCACUCCUUUACACCUUGCGACAACACACGGACAUUCUUUCACUUUACAAAUAAUGCUCCGAAGUGGAGUGGAUCCCAGCGUGACUGAUAAGAGAGAGUGGAAACCUGUGCAUUAUGCAGCUUUUCAUGGGCGGCUUGGCUGUCUGCAACUUCUCAUUAAAUGGGGAUGUAGCAUAGAAGAUGUGGACUACAAUGGAAACCUUCCAGUUCACUUAGCAGCCAUGGAAGGCCACCUUCACUGUUUUAAAUUCCUACUCAGUAGAAUGAGCAGUGCCUCCCAAGCUUUGAAAGCCUUCAAUGAUAAUGGAGAAAAUGUAUUGGACCUAGCCCAGAGGUUCUUUAAGCAGAACAUUUUACAGUUUAUCCAGGGGGCUGAGUAUGAAGGAAAUGAUCCAAAAGAUCAAGAAACUUUAGCAUUUCCAGGUCAUGUGGCUGCCUUUAAGGGUGAUUUGGCAAUGCUUAAGAAAUUAAUAGAAGAUGGAGUAAUCAAUAUUAAUGAACGUGAUAAUAAUGGAUCAACUCUUAUGCAUAAAGCUGCUGGGCAAGGCCACAUAGAGUGUUUGCAGUGGCUAAUUAAAAUGGGAGCAGACAGUAAUAUUACCAACAAAGCAAGGGAGAAACCCAGUGAUGUGGCUAAGAGGUUUGCCCAUUUAGCAGCAGUAAAGCUAUUGGAAGGACUACAGAAAUAUGAUACAGAUGAUGAGAGUGAAAUUGAUGAAAAUGAUAUUAAGUUUUUCAUAAGACAUGGUGUUGAGGGAAGCACUGAUGCCAAAGAUGAUAUAGGUCUCAGUGAGUCGGAUAAAACAGAUGCCAGAGUGAGAGCUUAUAAGAAAAUUGUAGAAUUGAGACACCUCCUGGAAAUUGCAGAGAGCAACUAUAAACACUUGGGAGGCAUAACAGAAGAAGAUCUAAAGCAGAAGAAAGAACAGCUUGAGUCUGAAAAGACUAUCAAAGAGCUGCAGGGCCACCUAGAGUAUGAACGACUACGCAGAGAAAAAUUAGAAUGUCAGCUGGAUGAGUAUCGAGCAGAGGUAGAUCAACUCAGGGAGAUGCUGGAAAAAACUCAGGUUCCCAACUUUGCGGCUGUGGGAAUUUUUUUCUUCAGUCCUCGUGGGAAGAUGACCCUUCUUGUGAGUCAAGCAAAGAGAAGAGGCGAGUGAAGAAAAAGGUGUCUUCUGGGGGAGUUUUUGUGAAAAGCUGUAAAAUGAGGAUAAUACCACCUACCUAAGAGAACUGUGAUGAAAAACAGGUGAGUUGAUAUAUAUCAUUUAGUAUAUUCACUGUUAUAUAUAUAGUCAAUGUAGCUAUUCUACAAAAUGACAAUCACUAAUUUUAGUGUUGGUGAUGACCACAGUGCUUUCCACUGCCUCAUUUUUUUCCCCUUUAUAAGUAGAGGGAUGUGGAGCUCACCUCCUCCCACAAAUACAUCAAAAAAUCCAGCCACGUGUGGAAUAGUUCUCACAGAACACCACUGAAUGCUUUCAGAUCUCAUACAACCAAAGCUUCAAGAAAGAUCCCCAUGUAACUGGGUAUGAUGAAGGGAAAAGGGAGAAGAGGAGGAAUUGGAAUGGGACCUGCACCCCUGGGAGGGAGCUGUGAAGGAAGAAUGCUAACCUCACCGUGGGAACCUCCUUCACCAGCUGGGAGGUAUGCCAGGACAGAUAGGGAACUUCAGAGGCUGAAGAGGAGGGUAUGGGAGUUGGCCUGAGGCACUGCAGGGUAUGGAGAGACCAACACAGAAGGUCCUGACCACAUCACCAUGCUUCCCAGCCCAAGAUGUACGCCUGCUGGUGUGCAGAGCGACUGGGUGCUGAAACUCAGGCUUCAGCAGACAGACCCAAGGAGAGGACUCUGGUUGGUUGCAUGGAGACAGACCAAAGGGUCUGGAGCAUGGUCCAGACCAUAACUGGGGGCGUGUGCAUGUGGAGGUGGGGCUGAAAGCUGAACUGAUAGCUGGCCAUCCCACUGUGGUUGCUGGGAUGCAGCUCUGGCGGACUUUUCACUGGAACCAUACAUGCGUGCCUGAGGGCACCCUGGGCUGACUGCGGGUUCAGGGGAUGCAGCUCCAGUGGGUUUAUGCGCUGGUGGCUUGGUGAGCGCGUAUGCUCUGAACUUAUUACCAGGAGGUGGGCCCAAAGGGCAGUGCCAGCAACACUGAUCUUUGUGGGUGCACACACCAGGUGGCAGGCGGCAUCACAGAAUCCCACGUCCUGGCAGGCAGCUCCUGGGGAGGAACAUGCAGUGGCUCCUCUCCCAGAGGGAGCGCUCCGGUCCUGCCUACUUCACACCACAGCUGAGAACCAGAUCUGGGGAUCUGCACUACAACAACUGGGGAGCAGACCCUGCCCCUGACAGGGCUGUGACACCCAAAGAGCAAAGAGGAGGACUUGCUCAACAUCCAUUAUGGGCUCUGGUCACCAUGACACUAAUCACACUUCCCUAUCAAGGGGAUAAUGGCUGGUGCACACACAGGAAAGACGUGGCAAGCAUCGAUACCAAAAACAGCUCUUGCACCAAAGAUAUUGGACUCAGGCAGGCUACACUGGGAUGCUCCCACAUAAAAAUAGCCCUUCCAGACCACAGUAGAUAACUGCUUCUCCUAAAUUCAUAGAGAAAAUAUAAGAAAAAAGAAGCAAAGGAAUUACUCCCAAUUAAAAGAACAAGAGAAAUCCCCUGAAAGGACAAACAGUGAAACAAACCUCUACAGUCUACCAGACCCUGAGUUCAAAAAGGUAAUAAAAAUGCUGAAGGAAUUAAGAAAUGCUAUUGAUAGAAAUGUAGAUCACUAUAACAAGGAACUAGAAACUGUAAAGAGGAGCCAAUCAAAAUUAGACAACUCAAUUGCCGAGAUGAAAACCAAAGCUAAAGGCAAUAAACAGCAAAGUAAAUAAUGCAGAAGAACAAAUAAGUGAUCUGGAAGAUAGAAUAAUGGAGAUCACCCAGUCAAAACAGCAGACAGAACGUAUGCUAUCUAUGGGAUAAUAUAAAGCACACUAAUCUACUACGUCUGAUAGGGUUCCCAGAAGAAGAAAGAGAAAAGGGGAUUGAAAAUGUAUUCAAAUAAAUUAUGGCUGAAAAGUUCCCAAACCUAAAGAAGGUAUUAGAUAUCCAGGUCCAGGAAGCACAGAGGGUCCCAAACAAGAUGAACUCACACAGAUCUACUCCAAGAUAUAUCAUAAUUAAAAUAGUAAAAGAGAGGAUUCUAAAGGCAGCAAGAGAAAAACAGUUAUAAAGGAACCCCAUAAGGUUAUCAGCUGAUUUCUCUACAGAAACUUUGCUGGCCAGAAGGAAAUGGCAAGACAUAUUCAAAGUCCUGGAGGGGAAAAACCUGCAACCUAGGAUAUUCUACCCAGCAAGAUUAUCAUUUAGAAUAGAAGGAGACAAAAAGAAUUUCUCACACAAGCAAUAACUAAGAGUAAGCAGCAAUAUUAAACCUAUCUUAAAAGAAAUAUUGAAAGCUCUUCUCUAAAUUGAAAAGAAGCAACAAUCUACAGGAAAGGGAAAAAUCACAAUAGAAAAGGUAAAUAUAUAAAAGGAUUGAAGAUCAUUUAAAUAAGACAGUACACAGUUAAAAAACAAUCCAAAAAAUUCUGUGAAAAUGAUUGAACAGAAAAGGAUAAACAUGAAGAUGUAAAAUAGGACAUGAAAAUCACAAAAUGUAGGGAAGGGGAGUAAGAAAUGUAGAUCUUUUAGAAUGUGUUUGAGCUCAUAUGACUACCAGUCUAAAGCAAGUAGAUAUAGUGACAGUUAACAUAGUUGAAAACCAGAGUAACCACAAAUCAAAAAAACAUACAAUAGAUUCCCAAAAACCCAAAAGAAAGGAACUCAGGCAUAAUACAAAAGAAAACUAUCAAAUCAAAAAAGGAAACACAAAAAGAAGAAAGGAACAAAGAAGAAAUACAAAAUCAACUGGAAAACAAGGUUUAAAAUGGCAAUAAAUAUAUAUUUAUCAAUAAUUACUUUAAAUGUCAAUGCACUAAAUGCUCUGAUCAAAAGACACAGAAUGGCAGACUGGAUAAUAAAACAAGAACCUACAAUAUACUGCCUACAGGAGAUCCACUUUAGGGUGAAGGACACACACAUAGAUUGAAAAUGAGGGGAUGGAAAAAGAUAUUUCAUGCAAAUGGAAAUGACAAGAAAGUGGGGGUAGCAAUACUCAUAUAAGACAAAAUAGACUUUAAAAAACAAAGGCCUUAAAGAAAGAUAAAGAAGGACCCUGUAUAAUGAUAAAAGGAUCAAUACAAGAAGAGGGUAGUACACUCAUUAACAUAUAUGCACUCAAUAUAGGAGUACCUAAAUAUAUAAAACAAAUGCUACCAAACAUAAAGGGAGAAAUUGACAGGAAUACAAUAAGAGUAGGAGACUUUAACACUGCACUGUCAUUAAUGGACACAGAUCUUCCAGACAGAAAAUCAAUAAGGCAACAGAGAUCCUAAAUAGCACAAUAGAACAGUUAGACUUAAUUGAUAUUUUCAGGACAUAACACCCCAAAAAACCAGUAUACACAUUCUUUUCAAGUGCACAUGGGACAUUCUCUAGUAUAGACCACAUACUAGGACACAAAACAAGCCUCAACAAAUUUCAGAGGAUAGACAUUAUUUCAAGAAUCUUUUCUGACCACAACCCAUGACAUUUUUCACAGAACUAGAACAAAUAAUCCUAAAAUUUAUACGGAACCACAAAAGACCCAGAAUUGCCAAAGCAAUUCUGAGGAAAAAGAACAAAGCUAGAGGCAUAACCUUCCCAGACUUCAGACAAUACUACAAAGCUACAGUAAUCAAUACAGUGUUGUAUUAGCACAAAAACAGAUAUCUGGAUCAGUGGGACAGAAUAGAGAGCUGAGAAACUCACACACCUAUGGCCAAUUAAUCUUCAGCAAAGGAGGCAAGAAUAUACCAUGGAGAAAAGACAAUCUCUUCAAUAAGUGGUGUUGGGAAAACUGGACAGCUACAUGUAAAAGAAUGAAAUGAGAACAUUCUCUAACCCCAUAUACAAAAAUAAACUCAAAAAAAUGAACUGAUAUAAGGACCUAAAUAAUACCUUUAUUUACUGAUAAAACGGAUAUUGGAGAAUGUGGUUAAUAUCUUCAGUCCAGUAAACUUAUCACUGACCCCCGAAUCGGACUUACCUUGUCCCAAGUAUCACUGUACUAGAGCAGGCCUCACCCUGUAGAGGUGAACUUGAUCCUACAGGAGCAGAACAGAAUGAAUGUUCUCUGUAGACAGGCUGGUCCCAAACAGGAAUGGGGAGAAGUGGCUGGGCUACUUGGGCCUUGUUUCUCCUUUCACCUUACUUAAUCACCUAGGGCAGGGUGGUUGAAGGAAGAGUGAUUACAAUAUUAUGCUAUUGGAGCUUCCUUCACAUGGAGGAAAGAAAUACUCCCUCUCAGUAUUUUAGCAUAUUUUAAAUUGUAACAAAUGAAUAAUUUACCUGUUUACUGUCUGUCUUCUCCAACUAAGAUUGUCAGUUCCAUGAUAAGGAAGCCAUGUUCAGCUCUGUGCACAUGGGUACCAGCAUGUUGUCUGGCCCAUAGCAGGCAUUCUUAUUUACUGAGUGAGCAAAUGUACUGUAGAGUUUAUUACAAUGGAACCUAUAUGGUCUUUAUUUAUUAAUCCAACACAAAUUUAUCUACAGUGUGCCAAGAAUUUUCUUAGGCAAGAGGAUUCUGAGAUAUUUUGAAUCAAAAUACAGAAAGUUUUGUUUUGAAAACAAGCCAACUGUUAGCUCUUUGAAAAAAACUUAGUUGGAGAGCCUCUGAUUCUCACUCGCUGGACCAUACAAGGUCAGUCUUUUGAUUGCUCUAUACUUUAGAUUCCCUAUUUAUAACUAAACAAGUUUGCAACACAUACCAAAGAAAUCCUGUAUGAUUUACAGUUGUUCAAGCAAACAAGAAAACUCUGGUUCAGUUUCUAUGAGCUAUCAAAAGGAUAAAGACAAAAUGCCUGUCUAUCUCAAAUCAAUCAGGUUUUGAAUGGCAUCUUUUCAACAUAAUGAAAUAAAGACAUAUAUAAAAAACAAAGACAAAAUACACCUUCCCAUUCUAAAACAUUUCCUUUAGUCCAUAUGUACUUUAAAUAAUCUUGUAUUAAGUUUCUACUGCAACUUUCAAUGUUCAGAGUAAAUCCAUCCUGGCACAGUGUUUGUUCUAAGAAGUCAACAGCAGCAGGAGUAGGAGCAUAAUAUAGUAGUUUCACUGUUAUUUCCAGAGUCUAUAAAAUCCCAACGCUAUUGCCAGGCAAGUAAACACUGAGGCUGUGAAAAGAAGAAAACAUGUUAUAGGUAAUGCAUUUGUGAUUAUCUUGCAGAGACAAAGAGAAUAAUGUCAUCUUCAAUUUAAAUUGAAAGCAAAAUCAGGAAAUCCAACCAGUUUUCUUUUCUUUGCCUGCAUUGAGCGGCAUGUGGGAUCUUAGUUUCCCAGCGAGGGAUCAAACCCACGCCUCCUGCAUUGGAAGCAUGGAGUCUUAACCACUGGACCACCAAGGAAUUCCCAAUCCAACCAAUUUUCUACUUUAGGUUUUUAAUUCCCUAGAAAAUUAAGCUAAGGAUAAAGGGUAUCCAUUAGGGCUGGAUUAAUAUCAAUUCUUCUUAAAAGCUUCCUGUAUUUUAAACCAGAAUAAGGAUGACAGUAAUUUAAAAGUGUACAUUAUGUCAGUUAGAAUCUAUAAAGUGUAUAAAGUCAUUAUUAACAUUAGCACUAUUAACAAUGACUACUUUAAAUAAUUACAAACUCUAAUUUUAGAAAUAAUUUAUAAGUGAAAAACCACCUUUCUUACAUGUACUGAAAAAUUAUGUAGUUAAGCCAGUAAAACAGACAUCCGUAUCAUCCAAAAGAAAAUUUUAAUUGCCUUUUCAGUACAUUUAAAAAUGAUUUCGUGCCUGCUGAGCUCCCAGGCCAGUCCCCUGCCCUCCAAGGCUCCCUCUUCGCCACCCUCCCACCCAGCUGCAUUGGUACUGGGGGCAUAGGAAGGAGGCUGGAGAGAUCAGGAGUGGCAGGCAGGAGGGGCACUCCCAGACCCCAGACUGGAGGAGCAGGAGAGGAGGGCGUUUGCCCUGCCCACUCGAGCCCAGGAAGCCUGCUGGGCUCCAAGGUGAGGUCCCCUGCCCUCUGAAACGAGGGGUGGGGGGCACACCUGGGUCCCUUCUGUUGCUUGAGCCUAAGCCCUACCCCCUGGAGCCCCCGGGGCCUUUUCCAGCCCUGUGGGUCCUGAGCAUUGGCCCUGCCCAUCGCCCAAACCUCACCCUUGCUAAGGUCCUGCUCUCCACAGCCAACGCCCUCCCCCCGAUCUUUUAUCUUUUUCCUCCUCCUCCUCGUUUUUACUAUUGUGGUACUGAUGUCCCUUCCGGUUGUCGAUUCAUCUAUAUUUUUAUUUUUACAUUAUUUCUAACAUAUCUGUUAGUUUCCUAGUCUAAUUUUAUUUUUUACUUUGUUAUUUUUUUUUUGCCACCCCAUGCAGCUUGCAGGAUUUUGAUUUGUGAGCCCAGGGUUAGGAGGAAGCUCCUGUGGGGGGAGCUCCAAGUCCAAACCACUGGACUAACAGAGAACCUCAGACCUCAGGGAAUAUUCAUCAGAGUGAGGUCUCACAGAGUUCCUCAUCUCAGCACCAAGACCCAGCUCUACCCAAUAGCCUACAAACUCGUGUUGGAAGCCUCAAGCCAAACAACCAGUAAAACAGGAACACAAUCCCACUCAUAAGAGGAAAAAAAAAAAAGAGAUGGCAAAAAAAAUAUGUCACAGAUGAAGGAGCAAGGUAAAAACCUACAGGACCAAAUAAACGAAGAGGAAAUAGGCAAUCAACCUGAAAAAGAAUUCAGAGUAAUGAUAUUAAAGAUGAUCCAGAAUCUCAGAAUGGAAGCACGGAUUGAGAAAAUACAAGAAAUGUUUAACAAAGAUCUAGAAGAACUAAAGAACAAACAAACACAGAUGAACAACACAAUAACUGAAAUGAAAAAUACACCAGAAGGAAUCAAUAACAAUAACAGAGGCAGAAGAACAAAUAAGUGAGCUGGAAGACAGAAUGGUGGAAAUAACUGCUGAGGAGCAGAAUGAAGAAAAAAGAAUGAAAAGAAUUGAAGACAAUCUCAGAGAUCUCUGGGACAAUACUAAACGCACCAACGUUUGAAUUACAGGGGUCCCAGAAGAGAAAAAGAAAGGGUCUGAGAAAAUAAUGUGAAGAGAUUAUAGUGGAAAACUUCCCUAAUGUGGGAAAGGAAAUAGUCACCCAAGUCCAGGAAGCACAGAGAGUCCCAUACAGGAUAAACCCUAGGAAAAACACACCAAGACACAUAUUAAUCAAACUAACAAAAACUAAAUUCAAAGGAAAAAUAUUAAAAGCAGCAGGGGAAAAACAAAAAAUAACAUACAAAGGAAUCCCCAUAAGGUUAUCAGCUGAUUUUUCAGUGGAAACUAGCAGGCCAGAAGGCAGUGGCAGGAGUGAUGAAAGAGAAAAACCUACAACCAAGAUUACUGUACCCAGCAAGGAUCUCAUUCAGAUUCAAUGGAGAAGUCAAAAGCUUUUCAGACAAACGAAAGCUAAGAGAAUUCAUUAACACCAAAUGCUAAAGAAACUUCUCUAAGUGGGAAACACAAGACAAGAAAAAGACCCACAAAAACAAACCCAAAACAAUUAAGAAAAUGGUAAUAGGAACAUACAUAUCAAUAAUAACCUUGAAUGUAAACGGAUUAAAUGCUCCAACCAAAAGACACAGACUGGCUGAAUGGAUACAAAAACAGGACCUAUAUAUAUGCUCUCUACAGGAGACCCACUUCAGACCUAGAAACAUAUACAGACUGAAAGUGAAGGGAUGGAAAAAGAUAUUCCAUGCAAAAGGAAAUCAAAAGAAAGCUGGAGUACCAAUACUUAUAUCAGAUAAAAGAGACUUUAAAAUAAAGAUUGUUACGAGAGAAAAGGAGGGACACUACAUAAUGAUCAAAGGAUCAGUCCAAGAAGAUAUAAUAAUUAUAAAUGUUUAUGCACCCAACAUAGGAGUGCCUCAAUACAUAAGGCAAAUGCUAACAACCAUGAAAGGAGAAAUCGACAGUAACAAUAAUAGUAGGGGACUUUAACACCCCACUUACACCAAAGGACAGAUCAUCCAAACAGAAAAUAAAUAAGAAACACAAGCUUUAAAUGACACAAUAAACUAGAUAGAUCUAAUUGAUAUUUACAGAACAUUCCACCCAAAAGUGGCAGAAUACACUUUCUCCUCAGGUGCACAUGGAACAUUCUCCAGGAUAGAUCACAUCUUGGGUUGCAAAUCAAGUCUCGGAAAAUUUAAGAAAAUUGAAAUCAUAUCAAGCAUCUUUUCUGACCAAAAUGCCGUGAGACUGGAAAUCAAUUAAGAGGAAAAAAACUGUGAAAAACACAAAUACAUGGAGGCUAAACAGUGCACUACAAAAAAACCAAGAGAUCACUGAAGAAAUCAAAGAAGAAAUUAAAAAAUACAUAGAAACAAAUGACAACAAAAACACGACGACCCAAAACCUAUGGGACGCAGCAAAAGCAGUUCUAAAAGGGAAGUUUACAGCAAUUCAAUCUCACCUCAAGAAAAAAGAAAAAUCUCAAACAAUCUAACCCUACGCUUAAAACAACUAGAGAACGAUGACCAAAGAAAAUCCAAAUUCAGUAGAAGGAAAGAAAUCAUAAAGAUCAAAGCAGAAAUAAAUGAAAUAGAAACAAAGAAAACAAUAGCAAAGAUCAAUAAAACUAAAAGCUGGUUCUUUGAGAAGAUAAACAAAAUUGAUAAACCCUUAGCCAGACUCAUCAAGAUAAAAAGGGAGAGGGUGCAAAUCAAUAAAAUUAGAAAUGAAAAAGGAGAAAUCACAACGGACACUGCAGAAAUACAAAGGAUUAUAAGAGACUACUACAAACAACUAUAUGCCAAUAAAAUGGACAACCAUGAAGAAAUGGACAAAUUCUUGGAAAGGUACAAUUUUACAAGACCGAAACAGGAAGAAUUAGAAAAUAUAAACAGACGUAUCACAAGUAAUGAAACUGAAAGCAUAAUUAAAAAUCUUCCAAGAAACAGAAGUCCAGGACCAGAUAGCUUCACAGGCGAAUUCUAUCAAACGUUUAGAAAAGAGCUAACACCAAUCCUUCUCAAACUCUUCCAAAAAACUGCAGAGGGAGAAACACUCCCAAAUUCAUUCUACGAAGCCACCAUCACCCUGAUUCCAAAACCAGAAAAAGAUAUCACAAAAAAAGAAAAUUGCAGACCAAUAUCACUGAUGAACAUACAUGCAAAAAUCCUGAACAAAAUACUAACAAACAGGAAUCCAACAGCACAUUAAAAGGAUCAUACACCAUGAUCAAGUGAGAUUUAUCCCAGGGAUGGAAGAAUUCUUCAAUAUACGCAAAUCAAUCAAUGUGAUAUACCACGUUAACAAAUUAAGGAAUAAAAACCAUAUGAUCAUCUCAAUAGAUGCAGAAAAUGCUUUUGACAAAAUUCAGCACCCAUUUAUGGUAAAAACUCUCCAGAAAAUGGGCAUAGAGGGAACCUACCUCAACAUAAUAAAGGCCAUAUUAUGACAAACCCACAGCAAGCAUCAUAUUCAAUGUGAAAAACUGAAAGCAUUUCCUCUAAGAUCAGGAACAAGACAAGGAUGUCCACUCUCGCCACUCUUAUUCAACAGUUUUGGAAGUCCUAGCCACAGCAAUCAGAGAAGAAAAAGAAAUAAAAGGAAUACAAAUUGGAAAAGAAGAAGUAAAACUGUCACUAUUUGCCAAUGACAUGAUACUAUACAUAGAAAAUCCUAAAGAUGCCACCAGAAAACUACUAGAACUAAUCAAUGAAUUUGGUAAGGUUGCAGGAUACAAAAUGCACAGAAAUCUCUGGCAUUCCUAUACACCAACAAAGAAAAAUAAGAAAGAGAAAUUACCAUUUACCAUUGCAACAAAAAGAAUAAAAUACCUAGGCAUAAAUCUGCCUAAGGAGGUGAAAGACUUGUACUCAGAAAACUAUAAAACACUGAUGAAAGAAAUCAAAGAUGACAUAAACAGACGGAGAAAUAUACCAUGUUCUCUGACUGGAAGAAUCAAUAUUGUGAAAAUGACUAUACUACCCAAAGCAAUCUACAGAUUCAGUGCAAUCCCUAUCAAACUACCAAUGGCAUUCUUCACAAAAUUAGAACAAAAAAAUCUUACAAUUCGUAUGGAAACACAAAAGACCCCGAAUAGCCAAAGCUAUCAUGAGAAAGAAAAACGGAGUUGGAGGAAUCUGGCUCCCUGACUUCAAACUAUACAACAAAGCUACAGUAAUCAAGACAGUAUGGUACUGGCACAAAAACAGAAAUAUAGAUCAAGGGUACAGGUUAGAAUGCCCAGAGAUAAACCCACGCACAUAUGGGCACCUAAUUUAUGACAAAGGAGGCAAGAACAUACAAUGGAGAAAAGACAGCCUCUUCAAUAAGUGGUGCUGGGAAAACUGGACAGCCUCAUGUAAAAGAAUGAAAUUAGAACAUUACGUAACACCGUACACAAAAAUAAACUCCAAAUGGAUUAAGACUUAAAUGUAAGACCAGACACUAUAAAACUUUUAGAGGAAAACAUAGGAAAAACACUCUUUGACAUAAACCACAGCAAGAUCUUUUUGAACCACCUCCUAGAGUAACAGAAAUAAAAACAAACACAUGGGACUUAAUUAAACUUAAAAGCUUUUACACAGCAAAGGAAACCAUAAACAAGACAAAAAGACAACCCUCAGAAUGGGAGAAAACAUUUGCAAAUUAAACAACAGACCAAGGAAUAGUCUCCAAACUAUACCAACAGUUCAUGGAGCUCAAUAUCAAAAAAACAAACAAUCCAGUUAAAAAAUGGGCGGAAGACCUGAACAGACAUUUCACCAAGGAAGACAUACAGAUGGCCAAGAAGCACAUGAAAAGAUGCUCAACAUCACUAAUUAUUAGAGAAAUGAAAAUCAAAACUACAGUGAGGUAUAUAUCACCUCAUGCCAGUCAGAAUGGCCAGUAUCAAAAAAGUUAGAAACAAUAAAUGCUGGAAAGGGUGUGGUGAAAAGGGAACCCUCCUACACUGUUGGUGGGAAUGUAAAUUGAUACAACCACUAUGGAAAACAGUAUGGAGUUUCCUUAAAAAACUAAAAAUAGAACUACUGUACGACCCAGCAAUCCCACUACUGGGCAUAUACCCUGAGAAGACAAUAAUUCAGAAAGAGACAUGCAGCACAAUGUUCACUGCAGCACUAUUUACAAUAGCCAGGACAUGGAACCAACCGAAAUGUCCAUCAACAGAUGAAUGGAUAAAGAUGAUGUGGGACAUAUAUACAAUGGAAUAUUAUUCAGCCAUAAAAAGAAAUGAAACUGAGUUAUUUGUAGUGAGGUGGAUGGACCCAGAGUCUGUCAUACAGAGUAAGUCAGAAAGAGAAAAAUACCGUUAUACUAACGCAUAUAUAUGGAAUCUAAAAAAAAAAAAAAAAUGGUACUGAUGAACCUAGUUGCAGCGCAGGAAUAAAGAGGUAGGCAUAGAGAAUGGACUUGAGGACAUGGGGUGGGAGGGCAAAGCUGGGAGAAAGUGAGAGGAGCAUCGACAUAUAUACACUACUGAAUGUAAAAUAGUUGGCUGGUGGCAAGCAGCAGCAUAGCACGGGGAGAUCGGCUUGGUGCUUUGCGAUGACCUAGAGGGGUGGGAAAGGGAGGAUGGAAGGGAGGCUCAAGAGGGAGGGGAUAUGGGUACAUGUGUAUGCAUAUGGCUGAUUCGCUUUGUUGUGCAACAGAAACUAACACAGUAUGGUGAGGCAAUUAUUAAAAAAAAGCAAAAAGAAAAAGUGAUUUCAUAAUUAUUAAAAAUUUAUAAAUAAAAAAUGAAAUUUUAAUGGAAGCCCUUUAAAAAAAACUCAAUGAGGUAGAAGAAAAGGCAGAGAAAGCAUCAGCCUUUUUAUUUUUUUUUAAAUUUAUUUAUUAAUAUGUUUGUGUUUGGCUCUGUUGGGUCUUCAUUGCUGCCUGUGGGCUUUCUCUAGUUGUGGCAAGCGGGGGGGAUACUCUGUUGCGGUGCGUGGGCUUCUCAUUGUGGUGGCUUCUCAUUGCAGAGCAUGGGCUCUAGGAGCACAGGCUUCAGUAGUUGUGGCACAUGGGCUCAGUAGUUGUGGCUCGCGGGCUCUAGAGUGCAGGCUCAGUAGUUGUGGCGCCCCGGCUUAGCUGCUCCGCGGCAUGUGGGAUCUUCCUGGACCAGGGCUAGAACCCGUGUCUACUGCACUGGCAGGCGGAUUCUUAACCACUGUGCCGCCAGGGAAGCCUGCAUCAGGCUUUUUAAACAGUUAAUAUACCACCUGUUCUCUAUGUUACAUCAUACUGGAUAGAAAACCUUUCUGUUCUCCUUAAGAAGGUGAAUUUGGGUGAGGCUUUUAGGGACUCCCUAGAUUCUAGUCUGUUUAAACACCCAUGAUUUUAAAAUAGAGACUCUGAGAUGAAGAGCAAACUUCUAUGAUUAAAGACACAAGAGGGACUUCCCUAGUGGCACAGUGGUUAAGAAUCCGCCUGCCGAUGCAGGGGACACGGGUUUGAGCCCUGGUCUGGCAAGAUCCCACAUGCCGCGGAGCAACUAAGCCCGUGCACCACAACUACUGAGCCUGUGCUCUAGAGCCCCUGUGCCACAACUACUGAGCCUAUGCACCUAGAGCCCGUGCUCCGCAACAAGACAAGCUACUGCAAUGAGAAGCCCGUGCACUGCAAUGAAGAGUAGCCCCCGCGUGCCGCAACUAGAGAAAGCCUGCACGCUUUUUUAGCCAAACAACUAAAAAAAAAAAAAAAAAAAAAAAAGACAUGAGAAACAGCCUUUCAUAGUUAAGGCUAUCCUAUUUUUUUAAUGUGUAAAUCUAAUUAUACAUUAUCCCAUUUGGUCACACUACUUACUGAAACUUGAUUAAUGACAAGAUCAUUUCCUUCAAGAAAUGGGAUUAGGUCUCUCUGAGACACAGGGGGAAGCUGGACAGUUGAGGAGAAAGAAUAACACUUAAACAGUUUCUUGUCUUGUUGCCACUGGUCAAUUAUACAUUCUCUCAUUUGAUCCUACUACUUACCAUGCUACUACUUACCAUGUUCCAGAUAGUGUGCUAAAGAAUUUCAUGUAUCACCGUAUUUAUCCAUAAUUAAAACCCUAUGAGGUUGGUGAUAGUAUUCCCAUCAUACAGACGAGGCAACAAGCCCAAAGUUUUACUGCUAGCAAGUGGUGGAAGCAGGACUCAACACUAUGUGUACCUGUCUCCAAGGUAGUUGCUGUUGCUCUUAAAAAUAAAGGGUGGUGCCUUCAGAACUGUUAGUUGUAAAUCCACAGUGAAAAAAGGAAAGGAAGAUAACUCUUUAGGUAAAUACAUUAGAAGAAGCUGAGUGGAAUACAAAGCUCUUCCUAACCUGGGGUGCUUUGAGGUCUAUUUUGAAAGUGGGAAUGAACACUGCAAACUGUGCUGAUUUGGCAUUUCCUGUUAGCAUUCCUAUUGGACAGAUGAUCUCUGGUUCCAGAGACUUUGCUAGAAUAGGGGUUUUCAAAUCUUGUUUUAGCCUUAGAACCCUUUCUUCAAAUGGAUCUUAGAUGCUAAGUCAUUCAAGUUGAAGAGAGGAAGGGGGAGUCGGGGUGUGCAUCAGCUGAGGGCUAGGGGCUCCAUCUCUACUCCUGCUGCCGCUUCAACAUAAUUAGUGCCUACCCAGAAAAUCACUGAUGGUAUAAAGCAGCAAUUUUAUUUUGGACAAUUCAAUAACAUAAAAAUUUUAAAUGUGCCUAUCUUUUUGACCCCAAUUUUUAGAUGUGCAUAAGCAAUUUAUUAUAUAGAAAUACUAGCAUGAUGGCAUAAAGGGGUGUGUGUGUAUUUACUCACACAUAUAUAGGGCUAUUUGGUCCAAUAUUUUUUAAAAUAAAUUUAUUUUAUUUAUUUUUGGCUGCAUUGGGUCUUCGUUGCUGCACGUGGGCUUUCUCUAGUUGUGGCGAGCAGGGGCUUCUCUUGUUGCGGAGCACAGGCUCUAGGCACAUGGGCUUCAUUGCUCCACGGCAUGUGGGAUCUUCCCGGACCAGGGCUUGAACCUGUGUCCCCUGUGUUGGCAGGUGGAUUCUUAACCACUGGCACCACCAGGGAAGCCCGCAAUAUUGUUUUUAAUAAAAACAGUUGGGAGCAGAAUGUCUGUUAAUAGAGGUUUGGAUAAAUAAAUUAUGGUAUUUUCAUACAAUGGAAUAGUAUGUUUUCUAGUAAAAAAAAAAAAAGUCUAUAUAUGUAUUCAUGUGGAAAGAUAAUCAAAACAUUUGGUUAAAUUUUUAGAAGUUGUACUCUGUACAGUAUCAUCUAAUUACUGUUUAAAAAAUCUGCAAUGUUCACAUAUAGAAAGAAAAGCCUAGAAAGAUAUAUACUACUAAUAGUAAAUACACAUGGGGAGGGAGAAGGCUUUCACUUUUACUAUAUUGCUUUUGAAUUAUAUGAACAAUUUAGGAUGAAAAUGUAUUACUUUUUUAUACAAAGAAAAAUGUACUACUUGACUAGGGCAUUCUUUCUAACUCCUUGGGGCUCUGUAAAUUGGUCAGGUCACAUGGUACUUGAGGAACUCAGUAUGUGACAAAUAAUCUAAUUUUGGGUAGUAUCCCUGCUCUGUCAGUUGGAUUCAAGAUAGGAGGUAGUUUUUGCCCCUUUGCUUGCUGUGGUUUUUAAUGGUCUGUAUCUAUUUUGGUGAUCUUUAUCUAAAAAUUUUCGUUUUUUUCAUUGUGGAAUACCCAGUGUAUCUUUGCAUCGUUUUGUACUUGUGUUUAUGUUUAUCUUUGACAUCCAUAUGCUUUUUCCCAUUAGGAGGAUGCAGAGUUGCCUGUUAAACUUAUAUCCUAAAUUUACUGCCUGUUAAACUUACAUUUUCCAAGUACUCCAGGGAACCAAACAAUAAAGGAGAUCUGUUACAGCUC